AUGCUAUCAAGGUUACCUCCCGAAGUAUCUCUCGAUAUCUUUGGUCUCCUGGAACUUCGCCAUCUUGCACGUUGUCUCCGAGUAUGCCGGGAAUGGCAUCACUUCCUGAUCAAGGCCCCUUCGCUAUGGAAUCACUUGAACCUUCGACGCCAUCUUGUCUCCGGUCUUGAUGCCACCACUUUUGAGACGUAUCAGUACGCGUUGAAGAACUACAUCAUGUGGGCCGGUUCCCAUCUCAAGACAUUGCGACUUGACUUUGAGUUGUCUGAAGUCUAUGGCACUUUGGCGUUACAACUGGUGGCUACCCAUGGUUGCAAACGGCUGGAACGACUCGAGUUGAACAAUACGGCAGGACCAGAGGAAACGCUAUUGAUGCUUCGAGCCUUACGCAGCAUGGGAACGAUCACCAGCUUGACAUUUUUACAAUUGUAUUGCCUGAAUAUGACCUUGUACGAUAUCGACACCAUCCUCUUUACCAACUUUCCAAAUCUUCAAUACCUGGAUCUAUCCGAUUCAUGCAUCCAUGACACCUCUUAUUAUCACCAUCACAACAAGAACACUAUGGCAACGACCACCAAUAUACGAGAACUCACAUUGAGUAAUAUUGAACGAGGUUCAUCAUCCGUAUUCGAGUAUCUUUUACGAUCAUGUCCAAAACUCGAGCGUCUUAAUUGCUACAAUGCCAUUCCAUCUUAUCACAUCAUCCAACUUUUAAGUCAAUACCACGCAUCUCUCACCACCCUUGGAUUUGGAUAUCGACCCAACAAUCAUCGUGGAGAAGGAGGAGGAGCACCCGAAAGAGUACAUCCACCAUUGACAACGGCUGUGCGCUCCAUUUCAUUACGUCGCGUUACCGACAUUGCAUUUACAGGUGUUGUUUUCUAUGGCUCUUGUACGACAUUGACAAGCUUGCAUUUACAUGCAUGCAACAUCAGUGACGAAUGCAUUCGACGUUUGGCAGAGAACAACAACAAUUUAUCUACCUUUCCACAGCUCAAACAGCUUCAUCUCAUUAUGGUCAACGACUUGACAGAGUUUGGAUUGGACGAGCUUUUAUUGGCAUGCACACCUCGUUUGGAACAGUUGGUGAUAAAACGUGCACCCGACAUGAUCCUAUCCGAUCAUACGCUCGAUACAUUCAGCCUCGUGGCAUCCCUUGUUGAUAUCACUUAUGACCAGCCUGAUCAAGUAUCCCCCAUGGCUAUCCGACGCUUGGUGACAGAUAAACAUAUCCUGUUGAAUCGUGUUGGUACCUUUUGCAAACUCCAUUUGGCCUUCAACUAUCAUACGCGUCUCACCGUUCAUUUCCCCACACAAAUGAGUGUCGAUGCUCUUUUACAAACAUCCUCUUCUUCUCUUUGA